AUGGCCAGCUUCCCCCAACCUCGCAUCACCAAGAGUCAGCAAAGCAUACAGCUCAGCUACGAUUUACCUCACCGAAUCCAUACAACCAAAACCUAUCCCAUCAAGUCCCCCAAUGGCUCGACAAUCAUUCUAUACGGUCACGAAAAUGGCGUGAGGAUUUUCUGGAGAGGUGGCAGAGCUUUCAAGCCUUCAUCUGCUUCCUCAGUGGGCCCCAAGAAAACGAAUGGUGCUAAAGGAGCUGUUAUAUCUCUCGAAUCAGAUGACGACGAAUUACCCGCCAAGAUCGUUGAAGACAAACCAGAGUUUGAGGAGGGCGAGGAGGAAUUAGAUCCAUCGAGACCAUACCCGUCAAUAUUACAAACACUGGAUUUGCACUUUGGGACCAACGUGUUACAUCUCGCAAUAUUACCUACUCCAGCUUUGGAGGCGGAAGGGGCAUCCUGGCGAGGAUUAGAUCCUGUAAAGAAGAAUAUUGUAUUUACAGCCGCUUGUGGGGACAAUUCCUUGCGACUCGUCACUAUACCGCUCACACCUCCAUCCCCCGAAAGCAAAGCACGACCAGAAUUCAGAGCAGACUUUACAGCAGCCUAUGCUGGAAAGGGAAAAUGGGGGGAGAAAGUUACAAUGCUCAACGGCCAUCAAAAGCCGUCGGGCGGGGUAGCCAUAACAGCAGAUUUCGGCAGAAGCAAGCAGGCAUCUGGACAAACAGGAUCACACAUAAUCGUUGCAUCACAUUCGAGAGAAGUUACCGGAUUACUACUUUUGUUCAAAAUCUCAGUCAAAUCGCCAGAAUCACGUGUGGAGCCAUUUCAGAAGAUCUUCUUAGCAUCACCUGCCAAGUCGAUUUCAUUUAACACGUCUCUCUCUGGACAUCGCUUCAGCCAAAUUUUAAUAGCAGAAACGACGGGCGUUUGCCGCGUAUAUGAUUAUAACAAGGGUCCCAACAUUACCGAGGAAGGUUCAGAAUCUUCCGAAUCUGAGCAAGGAAGUUUUCUUUUAUCUCUGUAUGCCGGUUUUCAAAAUACAAAGGACCAGUCUCAGACAGGCAUACAUGCAGGUUUUGGGAGGAAGAACAUUGUCGAUGCACAGUGGGUAUCAGCCGGAACAGCAGUCAUUGUAUUACUUAGCGAUGGAGAAUGGGCGCUGUGGGACAUUGAGGGGGAAGGACCAGGAACAACGAGAAAUGAGCUACCGACUGAGACAAUCCACGGCGGUUCAAGAACACAAUACAGUCUAACCGGCUACAUUGAUACGGGUAAUAAAUCCCGGCAAUCCAUCCAAACCCAACCCACCACUUCCAGAUUCGCACCCAUGACCCCCUCAACUCGCAAAGCCACCGAACCCUUUAGCGCCAGAGGCUCAAGCGACGCAAUCAAAGGCAAAAUAUCUGUCGUCGAAAUCGCAGCUCCAUCACCAACCACCCCCUCCGAAGAAUCCAUCGUCUUCUGGCUCGGCGAAACAUACACCAUUAUUCCCUCACUCUCCAAAUACUGGGCUGCAAACUCCCGCAAAACGGGCUCUGGGAACUUAUUCAACAGUGUCGCAUCCGGCUCCCGCAUGCUGCGCCUUGAAGGCAUUGACCUGCAAGGCGAGCGCUGUACCGGCAUUGACCAAAUCACCAAGACACAAGGCUUAAUCCCUGAAAUCCUAGUAUCGGGCGAACAUAGGCUCGUGAUCUUGACUACAGGGAGUAAGAGUAAAGAAUUGAAGACGAGACAGCCGGAAAGAUUCGCUCUGACGGAGAAGAGUGCUAAUAAUGGGGAGCUGGAUGUCCCUGGUAUCGACCAGGAGCUUGCGAGGAUGGAGAAUGGGGGAUCGAGGAGGGGGAAGCUGUUUCAGUCUUGA